AGCUCGACAGUUGCCCGCAGAUCUCUGAACGGUUCACUGCGUCGUGUCUGUCCCCGAAAGUUGGCCAAAGAUAAUUAUUAAAAAAAUAAAUAUAUCUCGGUUGUGUGUGUUUUUUGAGAGGGCAACAUGGAACGGCCAGCCCUGCUGCACAAUGGAGAGCUAAGCAACCUCGAAUCCGGCACCACCAAGUUGGUCAGCAAGCCUUUUCCCAAGCCCUUCUCGAUCGAGAGCUUGAUUGCCAACCAAACACCUGCCAAUACUGCGCCACCAUCGCCACCGGAGGAGCGGGAGCACGAGCCGGAGCAGGAACCCGACCAGGACCAGGAGCUGAGUGCCCGCGCCAUGGUAGCCAGCUCUGCUCUGGGACUCACCCAGUUCCCUUUGUACAAUCCCUGGCUGCACGGAUACUUUGCCCAGAACCACGAGAGAUUAACGCAUUUAAUUGCCGGCGGCUGUUACCUGCCCUCCAAUCCAGCUAGUCACCCACCAGGUCCACAGCAGCCGCAGCCACAGCAGCAACCACCACCGCCGCCGCCGCCUCCACCACAUGCCUUGGAGAAGCAGCAUACACCGACGCUGCCUCAUCCGCUGGAUACACGUUUCCUGCCCUUCAAUCCCGCCGUCGCCGCCGCCGGAGUAGCGCCCACGGAUCUGAGCUACCGUCGACUGGCGGAGCUCAUGAACCAGGACUAUGUGCAUAGCCUGAGUGUCCAUGCCAGAUUACAGCACAUGGCUGCGGCUGGGAGGAUCCAGGAGGAUCCCGCUAACUCCAAUCUAGUGCAGCUCCAAGAGCCAAUGCCUCAGCUGGCCCACUCCUCGCCGGCAAAGUCCGGCAGUCGCAGUCCUGUGGAGCCAACCCUGGAUGUGGGCGUGGACGAGGAUUUCGAAUGCAGUGGUGACUCCUGCAGCGACAUCAGUUUGACCAUGUCCCCAAGGAACUACAACGGGGAGCUGGACAAGAGCCGGAAUGGAGCAUACACCAAUUCCGACAGCGAGGAUUGCAGUGACGAUGAGGGUGCCCAUUCACGACAUGAUGCCGGCGGAAUGAGCAGCAAGGACUCCCAGGGCAAUGGCUCCAGUUCCAGCUCCAAGUCGCGUCGCCGGCGUACCGCCUUCACCUCGGAGCAACUGCUGGAGCUGGAGCGAGAGUUCCACGCCAAGAAGUAUCUCAGUCUCACCGAGCGCAGUCAAAUAGCCACCAGUCUAAAAUUAAGCGAGGUCCAGGUGAAAAUCUGGUUCCAAAAUCGUCGAGCCAAGUGGAAAAGGGUCAAGGCUGGACUUACCUCACAUGGCCUGGGUCGUAAUGGAAGCACCAGUGGCACCAAGAUCGUGGUGCCCAUACCAGUCCAUGUCAACAGGUUUGCUGUGCGAUCGCAACACCAGCAGCUGGAGAAGAUGUGCCUCAGCGGUCCCAAGCCGGAUCUGCGGAAGAAGCUAUCGGCGGAGACGAUCGGUGGAUUUGAGAAGUUCAGCGGUGCCUCCAGCGUUGUAGUUCCCCCACCACCAGUAGUGGGAGGUGUGGGUGUGGGUUUGGGUGUCAGUUUGGGAGGAGCCACACCGCUCUCCCUUGCCAGGAGUAUCUACUGAUGGAGUUGUGUUCUGUGUCCUUGCGUGUGUGUAAAUAUUCAGGAAGAAGGCAACGAAGAUUUCU